ACCUGAUUUUAUUUUUAAUUUGUUUUUGUUAUUUAGCUUGUAGACCCUGGAGUUAAAGCAUGGACACCCACUAAAGGAAAACAAAAUGUGAUCAUGUUUGUUGGAUUGCAAGGGAGUGGUAAAACAACAACAUGUUCAAAGUUAGCAUAUUAUUACCAGAGGAAAGGUUGGAAGACCUGUUUAAUAUGUGCAGACACAUUCAGAGCAGGAGCUUUUGACCAACUAAAACAGAAUGCUACCAAAGCAAGAAUUCCUUUUUAUGGAAGCUAUACAGAAAUGGAUCCUGUUAUCAUUGCUUCUGAAGGAGUAGAGAAAUUUAAAAAUGAAAAUUUUGAAAUUAUUAUUGUUGAUACAAGUGGCCGCCACAAACAAGAAGACUCUUUGUUUGAAGAAAUGCUUCAAGUUGCUAAUGCUAUACAACCUGACAACAUUGUUUAUGUGAUGGAUGCCUCCAUUGGGCAGGCUUGUGAAGCCCAAGCUAAGGCUUUUAAAGAUAAAGUAGAUGUAGCCUCAGUAAUAGUGACAAAACUUGAUGGCCAUGCAAAAGGAGGUGGUGCGCUCAGUGCUGUUGCUGCCACAAAAAGUCCUAUAAUUUUCAUUGGUACAGGGGAACAUAUAGAUGACUUCGAACCUUUCAAAACGCAGCCUUUUAUUAGCAAACUUCUUGGUAUGGGUGACAUUGAAGGACUGAUAGAUAAAGUCAACGAGUUGAAGUUGGAUGACAAUGAAGCACUUAUAGAGAAGUUGAAACAUGGUCAGUUUACAUUGCGAGACAUGUAUGAGCAAUUUCAAAAUAUCAUGAAAAUGGGCCCCUUCAGUCAGAUCUUGGGGAUGAUCCCUGGUUUUGGAACAGAUUUUAUGAGCAAAGGAAAUGAACAGGAGUCAAUGGCAAGGCUAAAGAAAUUAAUGACAAUAAUGGAUAGUAUGAAUGAUCAAGAACUAGACAGUACGGAUGGUGCCAAAGUUUUUAGUAAACAACCAGGAAGAAUCCAAAGAGUAGCAAGAGGAUCAGGUGUAUCAACAAGAGAUGUUCAAGAACUAUUGACUCAAUAUACCAAGUUUGCACAGAUGGUAAAAAAGAUGGGAGGUAUCAAAGGACUUUUCAAAGGUGGCGACAUGUCUAAGAAUGUGAGCCAGUCACAGAUGGCAAAAUUGAACCAACAAAUGGCCAAAAUGAUGGAUCCUAGAGUUCUUCAUCACAUGGGUGGUAUGGCAGGACUUCAAUCAAUGAUGAGGCAGUUUCAACAGGGUGCUGCUGGCAACAUGAAAGGCAUGAUGGGAUUCAAUAAUAUGUAAAGAAAAUGCCUUAAUAUAAACUGACUCAGUUGAAUACCUAAUUUGCUGAAACCUCAAAGAGUUUCCCUUCUUUUUGAAAAUUGAGGGGAAAAUGUAUUUUUCUUGCCUAUCAUGCCCUCUUUUCUUCUCACCCUAUUUCCCCCUCCUUUUCUUUUUCCUUCCUUCUUUCUUCCCUUUAAUAUAAGGGAGAAAUAUAUGGUUUUUGUGGAAAUCAUUAUAUUUUUGCUUUAGAUUUUUCUUCUGUUUUCACCAUCAUAACAAAACAAAUCACGAUGUAAAAUUUUAGUACUUAAAGGUUUUUAAUUGGCUCGAAGGCCAAGCAUUAAAUUUGUAAAUGGUCCUGGUCAGUAGUUAAAUAAUGUUUCAAUUAAAGUGCUGUAAAAUAAACUUCAAAGUGGUUAUAAGUUAAAA